UUGUGGUGGCUGAAAGCGGAUUUUUCAGUGGCAGGUUUCAUGACGUUGUUCUCACCUGUUGUUUAAAAAGAGAGAAAGAAUAAUCUGAAUUUCGAAAGCCAUUUUCUCAAAAAUAUCUUCUGGAAAGUCCGGCUAAACCAAUAUGGCAGGGAGAGGAGGAAAAGGCAGGGGUAUAGCAGCUUUUACCUUCAACAUAGAGGCGCUGGGACUUAGCAGAGCUUCCAUGCCUGAGACUCAGCGAGGACCACAGCCAAUGUUUCCUGUGUCCAGUUACAGUACUGCUCAAAUGCACCCAUUAACCAUGGAAGCCUGUUUCUGCCACUGGCAUUUACAAGUUGAAUUCAAACCAGUGCCUCUAAAGGCUGGUGAGGAUGAAGACUACAUGCUGGCUUUGAAACAAGAGAUCAGAGGAAAAAUGAAAGGCCUGCCUUUCCAUAUAAAGCCCCCCUCAGGCAAGAACGACGUUGAACGGUAUAAAGAAAAAUACAUAAAGGAAUGCCGUAAAAUUGAGGAUGAAGAGUGGACACCAGACUGGAACAGUCUUCCAAAGGAACUUAUGCCCCAGAAAAGAAAAAUAAGCAAGAAAACUGAUUGUAAGAAACCCACACAAGUCUCAAGCAGAGAUAAGGAGGCUUUGCUGUCUAAACUAGAUGAGCUUGAGAAGAGGGGUGAUGACAAAUCAGAUGAGGAGAGGGAGGAAAAAAAGAAGGGUGAAGAGGAGGAGGAGGAGGAAGAAGUUGGAGAGUAUGAUGAAGAGCUUGAAGAGGAAAAUGACUACAUAGCAAACUACUUUGAAGAUGGUGAUGAUUACGGUGCUGGCAGUGAUGACAAUAUGGAUGAAGCUACAUACUGAUUUGUCAUGAUUUGCUCUGAAACUCAAUAUUCUUUUCGUUCCUCGCAUUAAAAGGUACUUUGCUACCUACAAGUAAAAUAUUAAUGAACAAUCAAGAUUUGGAGAUUUGGGUACUAAAAUAUAGUUCAUUUAUUUUCAAACUGAAGCUACGGUCUAAAGGCCGAAGGCACGUACUGCUCAAGUGUCAUUUAAUAAAACUGUCAUGGUCAAGAGAAAAUA